AUGCUCUUUUUUUUUUUUUUUCCUUAUUUAUUUUUCCUUGCAACGCAGCACCCAACAACUCAACACUCGUCCACACGCACAGAAAAACACGCCAAAGAAAUGGCGCUCACAACGCGAAUCAUCAAGGAGACGGAGAAGUUGCAGCGGGAGCACCAAGAGGGCAUCGAAGCCAGGCCGUCACCCAGCAACCCGCGUUACUUCCAUGUAAAGAUACGUGGCCCACCGCAGAGCAGCUACGAGGGUGGCAUCUUCCACCUUGAGCUCUUUCUUCCUGAGGAAUACCCGAUGGUACCGCCCAAGGUGCGGUUUCUCACCCGCAUCUACCACCCGAAUGUGGAUAAACUGGGUCGUAUUUGCCUUGACAUCAUUAAAGACAAGUGGUCGCCAGCGCUACAGAUCAUUAAGGUGCUUCUGAGCAUACAACUCCUCAUGGCAAGCCCAAACCCGGAUGAUCCGCUAGACAAUGAAGUAGCAGAAAGUUGGAAACGAGAUGAGGUUGCCGCAAUGCGGACGGCGCGAGAAUGGACACAAAAAUACGCUUCCCCACAGGCGUGA